GUUGGAGUAGGGGGUAAAGGGGGCGGUGGGGCAAGAUGGCGGCACACCUGUCCUACGGGCGAGUGAACCUCAAUGUGCUGCGCGAGGCAGUGCGUCGCGAGCUGCGCGAGUUCCUGGAUAAGUGCGCGGGAAGCAAGGCAAUAGUUUGGGAUGAGUAUCUCACUGGACCCUUUGGCCUGAUUGCACAGUAUUCACUGUUGAAGGAACAUGAAGUGGAAAAAAUGUUUACACUUAAAGGAAGUCGUUUGCCAGCAGCCGAUGUCAAGAAUAUAAUUUUUUUUGUCAGACCCAGGCUAGAAUUGAUGGAUAUCAUUGCUGAAAACGUGCUCAGUGAAGACAGACGUGGCCCAGCAAGAGACUUCCACAUUUUGUUUGUGCCACGACGUAGCUUAUUGUGCGAACAGCGGUUGAAGGAUCUGGGUGUUUUGGGAUCCUUUAUUCAUAGGGAGGAGUAUAGCCUAGAUCUUAUUCCUUUUGAUGGAGAUCUCCUAUCCAUGGAAUCGGAGAGUGCAUUCAAAGAGUGCUAUCUGGAAAGUGACCAGACCAGCCUGUACCAUGCAGCCAAGGGGCUGAUGACCCUGCAAGCUCUAUACGGGACUAUCCCCCAGAUCUUUGGGAAAGGAGAGUGCGCCCGGCAAGUGGCCAAUAUGAUGAUCAGGAUGAAGAGAGAGUUUACAGGAAGCCAGAAUUCAAUAUUCCCCGUGUUUGAUAAUCUCUUGUUGCUUGAUCGGAACGUGGAUUUAUUAUCGCCUCUCGCCACUCAGCUUACAUACGAAGGACUCAUUGAUGAAAUUUAUGGCAUUCAGAACAGUUAUGUGAAACUACCUCCGGAGAAAUUCGCCCCUAAAAAGCAGGGCGAUGGUGGUAAGGACCUUCCCACGGAAGCAAAGAAGCUUCAGCUGAAUUCUGCAGAGGAGCUGUACGCUGAGAUCAGAGAUAAAAACUUCAAUGCUGUGGGCUCCGUGCUUAGCAAGAAAGCAAAGGUGAUCUCCGCAGCAUUCGAGGAAAGGCACAACGCCAAGACGGUUGGGGAGAUCAAGCAGUUCGUUUCACAGCUGCCCCACAUGCAGGCAGCGCGAGGCUCCCUCGCAAAUCACACCUCAAUUGCAGAGCUGAUCAAAGAUGUAACUACUUCUGAAGACUUCUUUGAUAAAUUGACAGUGGAGCAGGAGUUUAUGUCUGGAAUAGACACUGAUAAAGUCAACAGCUACAUUGAGGAUUGUAUUGCCCAAAAACAUCCCUUGAUCAAGGUGUUAAGGCUAGUUUGCCUCCAGUCUGUGUGCAAUAGUGGACUCAAACAGAAAGUUCUGGAUUAUUACAAAAGAGAAAUUCUACAGACCUACGGCUAUGAGCACAUCCUGACCUUGCACAACCUCGAGAAGGCUGGUCUGCUGAAGCUGCAGACGGGGGGCAGAAACAAUUACCCAACUAUCCGGAAAACGUUACGCCUUUGGAUGGAUGAUGUAAAUGAGCAAAAUCCCACGGACAUAUCGUACGUAUACAGUGGUUACGCCCCACUCAGUGUGCGACUGGCCCAGCUGCUUUCCCGGCCUGGCUGGCGGAGUAUUGAGGAAGUUCUGCGCAUCCUUCCAGGGCCCCACUUUGAGGAACGGCAGCCGUUGCCCACAGGACUGCAAAAGAAACGUCAACCAGGAGAAAACCGAGUCACUCUGAUCUUUUUCCUCGGGGGUGUAACCUUUGCUGAAAUUGCUGCCCUGCGAUUUCUCUCCCAGCUGGAAGAUGGAGGUACAGAAUAUGUCAUCGCCACCACUAAACUAAUCAACGGGGCCAGCUGGAUAGAGUCACUAAUGGAAAAACCUUUCUAGGGUGUUCCAAGUAGACUUACCAAUGAACUACAGAAUAAACCGCUCCUUUGAAGAAGUUAUGGGAACAGCAGUGCAGUUCCAAGGAGAAAUAACAACAGGAAUGCAGAAUUUACUUUGGGGUCAGCUUCUUAAAUUAGGCUGUUUUUUCCUUUCAGUUUCUCUUUUGGGUUCUUAAAUUUUUUAAAGAAGAAUGGAAGAGACUCAGCCUGUGUAAAAGAAAUCCCAGUUUUUAAUGUUCUGAGCCCAGGAUCGCCAUUAGAGACCUCUAGAAAUAUAUGAAGGAUGGUGGGGAUGGAUAAUCUAUUCAGCCAUAAAUGGGGCCAGUUCUUAAGAACACAGGGACCAACCAGGUAAAAAUGAAAAUAAAAGUGGAAG